AACACAGCUGGACACUUUUCUUUUCUCCAGCUCAGAGGCAGAUAUUUUCACUUCUCUACAUUUAUCUGACAGCUUCAGUUACAAAGUCAGACUUUUACACAUGAAGACUUUAUAAAAUCUGAAGUUUAGUUAGAAAUUAAACUCCAACAGUUUAGAAAGUUCAGCUGAUAGAAAUUUACCUGUAAACUAUUCUGAUGAUCCUUAAAGUCAUUUUUCAUGUGAGGAUUUGCUGCUUUUGAUUAUUUGAAUCAGUUUGAGGUUUAAGCUGCCAGAACAAACAGGGUGAAGGAGUCUCUCUGAGUCACUGCCACAACAUAUCUCUCUGUUUUCAGAAGGUUUCAAUCCAUUAAUGUGGAAAAUAAUCAGCUGAUUGAUCCAGAAUGGAAAGAAUCAGCAGCUGCAGCAGCAACAUCCUGCUUUACAUUCAUGAGGAGGAGGAAUAAUAUAAUAUAUAAUGGUAGGCAGGGCAGAAAUGUUAUCACGCUAAAAACAUUUCACAUCAAUUAUCAGGUUUACAGGCAGAUUUUUGCUCCUGACUGAAAACUGAAGAAACCAGAAGGUUCAACUUUUCUUCAUGGUCAGAACGGGACAAACACUUGAUGCCUGACAGAUCAGAUCUGAGGGAGAACAGUCAAAGAUAUUCUGAUAAAAUCUCUUUUCAACAAAUAUGAUUAGUUCAUCUUUUUUCAGGCCUCUUUUUCAACAAAAUAAAUAUUUUAAUAGAAAAAUUAAAAGCUAAUUUGUUUGUGACUCAAAUGAAUUAAAGCAAAUAUUUAUUGACGAUAUAUUGAACAUUUAUUAUAUUGAUAUUGCAAUAAUUAUCAGUACAACAGUCACAGAACAUGAAGUACUUUUAAUACUUUAAGUACCAUUUCCUGACUAUACUUGCAUACUUUUACUUCAGUAUCAUUUCAAUGCAGUUCUUUUACUUAAGUAAAGGAUGUGAAUACUUCAUCCGCCGCUGCGUACCAUCAUGUAAAGGGACAAUGUUUGUUUGAACUGUGAAACAUGAGUAAAUGUGCAGGGAUCUUGUUUGUGUAACGAGUUCAUCAAAGCAGAGCUGCUGCUGCAGGUGGUGGAGAACAGCAGGUGGUGGAGAACAGCUGCUGUCACACACCUGAGCACCACACCCAGCUGUAAACACAGGUACUGGAUCAGAGAGCGGAGGAGGGAUUUACUGGCUCUGCUGGUGUCCUGGCCAGCUGGGGAACGGAAAGAAGUACAUUUACUCAGAUGACUCAGCCUCCUCCACCUCCCGUCCCGAAGCCUCGAGCUCGCUACAUGAGGGACAGCGUGAGCUCCCUCUCCUCUUUGGACAGAGAGCUGAUUGGUGAAGAUGAACAUGCAGUGCUCUCUAAUGGAGUUCACCUGAGCACAGAUCAAGAUGCUCCUUCUCCUCCUCUCGGUGGAUCGGACCGUGGCAUCUACCCUACUCUGGCCAGCGUCACUGACCUCAUCGCCACCAAUAUCCCGUCAUUGGCUGGAUUUGCCACCUCUAUUUGUGGCUCCGCCCCCAUCCCCUCUGCCCCCUUGGCACCCCCCUCCAUAGACAGCAUGGCUAAUAACAUCGCUGCCCACAUACCUAGCUUAGCAGGAGCAGCUAGCAGCGUGGCUUACCCAGCUGCUGCGGAGUUAAUCUCCGCCUCCACCACCACACUCACACCUGCUUCUGGCACAGGUGCUGCUAGCUUAGACAGCAUCUUUAGCUCAUUAGCUAACAUACCCAGUUUAGCAGGCAUUGUUAGCAGUGUGGCUAACCCAGCCGUUAGCUCAGUGAUAACCCCGGCCAUCCCACCAGCCACGCUGCCCUCUGCUGAUAAACCCUGCCCCCCCUCAACGCCAAGGAUGGGAGACGCUAACACAGAUGUUGGAGCUUUGUCACAGCUGGUGAUGUCGACUUUAGACCAGGAUGAAGGAGUCACGUUACCUUCACUAGAUGAAGCUGCUGAGCCAGCAGAGGAAGGUACUGAAGUUUUUAAACAGAGUCCUCACCCCAUCAGAAAGGAGACCCCUUACGUCACAGUGUUGGCCUGCUGGGCGAGCCAAGACGAGGCUGACACCGACUCAUCCAAUGAGGAGGAAGGUGUGGGAGUUAGCCCCGCCCCCUCUGGUGCCAAUGGACCAACGGAAGGAGAUCCUGCUUCUAACCCGUCUUUAAACACCAACAACCUCACGUCGAAUUCUUCAGGUCGCCUGGUCCCCACUCGGGCGGCACCGCCCCCUCCUCGUGCUGCUGACCAACCAACAAGGCCCCUGAAGCAGAAGAUCCCGAGAGCGGCCACCAUCCGAGUGUCCAGGAAAAAGCCGGUCAGCAGGGGUUCGAUUCGGCAGGGCGCCGUGGUCAGAUCCAGCUGGCUGGAUGUCUGGAAGGGCUUCAGACACAAUGUUUUAUGGGCGACAUUGGACGGACAGCUGAUGUCUCUGUGGAAAAAACGCACAGACCAGUUCAGUGAGUUGCUGUUUCAUGUCUCCAGCAUCACCAACGUGAAGAAAGGGGACAAACGCAGAUUCUCCAUUUACUUCAAGAAGAAACAUUAUGACUUCAUGGCUCAUAAUGAUGAGGUUCAUGAAGGCUGGGUCACGUCCCUGCUGGCGUCUCGAGGCCGGCCAAGCCCCGCACCCCCAGAGCUCCACGGACAAAUCACAAUGAAGGACACGCGGAGCCGCGCCUACGCCGCCGUUUGGGGUCACGACCUCUGGAUUUACCCCAACAAGGAGGGCUUCCAGCUGGGCAUCGCCUCCUUCUCCGUCCCCCUGAACGUGGCCUCAGUCAAGCCUAUAGGGAAACACUCGUUUUCCCUCAUCACGCCAUACAAGAGCUUCAACCUGUCUGUUGAUUCGUCAAAGGAUCUGUCCAUGUGGAUGGACAAACUGUCCUCGUAUAUCCUCAGCGCCCUGUCCUGCAGCCAGGUGAUGAUGCGUUUGUGGGAAAACCCCGACAACAAAGUGUGCGCCGACUGCGGCUCGGCCAAUCCUGAGUGGGCGUCGGUCAACCUGCUGCUGGUCAUCUGUCCGGCCUGUGCAGGUCAGCAUCGAGCUCUGGGGAUCAGGCUGUCGAAGGUCCGCAGUCUGACGAUGGACAACAAGAUCUGGACUGAACCACUCAUACAGCUGUUUGUUAACUACGGUAACAGCCUGGCCAAUCAGGUGUGGGCUCCAGCGGUGCCGGCGGCGGAGCGGCUGCGUCCAGAGUCGUCGGACAAGCAGAGGUCAAAGUUCAUCCAGGAUAAAUACAGCAGGGGGCGCUACAGACGAGUCCACGCUCUGACCUCCUCACCCUCUCAGAUGGAUCAGAGGCUGCGCCAGGUGGUCUUAGGAGACGACGUAGGAGAAACGAUGUCGCUGAUCUGCUCGGGAGCAAAGGUGUGUCAGUCAGACCCUCAGAGCCCCUCCCCCAUCAUGCUGGCUGAGAAGGCCGGUCAGGCUCUGCAGACCCAGCUGCUCCGGCUCAACGAGUACACAGAGUUCCCGCCUUACCAGCCACAGUCAGCCAAUAGGAGACCUGACCCCGCCCCCUCAGGUGAGGAAGAGGAGGAGCUUCAUGGAAAACUGGAAGAAGAUCGUUUUCUGUUCUCAUUGGAAAACGACUCGGCAGCGUGCGACGUCCUCGACCUGCGAGAAGUUCUGUCCGUCUUCAUUAAAGACGGACCAGCUCAUGAGUUUGAGAUGGUGACGCUGAGCGAUCAGCUGGCCUGUGCCGCUGACAACAACGAGGCACUGCUGGAUCACCUGGUCCACAUACUGAAGGUGAUUCUCCCACCUGGCGUGUCUUAUGCGGAGGUGUGCGGGGCUUCUGCUGUCAGUAAAGUGUGUGUCGUUGAAGUGGGCGGAGCCUCUACUCAGUCUGACUCCUGGUUGUUGCUGUGGGAGGACGGCAUCAGUGUUUACCCCGUCCACAGACAGACACGGCAGACUCUGAGGAUGGAACUGAGCAUGCUCAGUCACCACGAAAUGGAUCUAUCUGAAAACAUUAUCACCAUGGUGACUGCAGACAGGACCGUGUCGCUGCGUUUUGAGGAGCAGCACAGCUGUCAGUCGUGGUUUAACCACCUGCAGAAAGCCCUGACCAAUCAGAAAGCAGCUCCACAGCGUCAACGCCCAGCUCGCCUGUCUCUGUACCCUGUGAUGGAUGUGGGGUCGAGGGGUUCAGUUCCACCGGCCAUCGAACGCUGCAUCUCCCACAUCACAACCUACGGUCUGAAGGUGGACGGCGUGUACCGGCGCUGUGGCCUCGCUGUCAAAGUCAACAGAUUGGUGGAGGCUCUGAAGACGUCACCUAGAUCCGCCCCUCUGGAGAGUGAUGAGCAAGGUGUGUUGGACACUUGCUCCGCCCUCAAACAGUAUAUCCGCCAGCAGGAGAGUUUGAUCCCCGACAGAGACUCACAGCAGUGGCAGCAGGCUGCAGAGAUUUCAGGUGAACACUCCAGGUUUUCAGCCUACCGUCGGUUGCUACGGCAACUUCCUGACGACAACCGAGCAACGCUGAACGCACUGUUUGGACACUUUUACAUGGUCCAGGUGAUGUCUCAGGAUAACAGGAUGUCUGCUCAUAAUCUGGCUGUGGUCCUGGUCCCGACUCUGUUUCAGACUAUGAACCAGGAUAUGCUCCGACUCACUAAAGAGUUUAUCAUCCAUCACACACUUCUGUUCCUGACACCCAGUGAGGAGCAGGAGGAAGAGCAGAUCACUGUCUUCUGAGGAGGAGGAGGAGCAGAUGUUUGUGGCCUGUCUUGACUUCUUUUAACUUAACCUGAACUAACUUGCAUAACCAUGAUGACGAAGGUCCGGUACGCCUGGCGCUGGUACUCUCCCACGCUCAUAUCUGUGCUUUGGGAGUUAUUAUACAAAAUAUUCUGUGCAGGUUGGUUUGAGGAUGGAAGCUAGUGUUUUACAAAUGAUCAAACUUUUGCUACAGAUGUAAAUGAAAUAUUUGAUUGGUUGGAAUCUGUUGAUCACUUCAGGGUGUCCACACUGUUGUAGAAAAGGGUUUUAUUAUUAUCUCUUUUAUUAAAAUGUACAAACACAGGAGUUUAUAUUUUAUUAACACAGAAUCUGAGGAGAUGUCAGUCCAACUCCUCAUUUACUAUCAUGUAGACCACUUGCCAACUCAACUGUGUCAUUAAAUUAAAAGUCUGUUGUUCAUUUACUCAAA